AUGUUAAUGGGUGACAUGUUGAGACUCACUUUGGCCUUAUGUGUUAUAAGCAGUGUUUUUUUUACAUCUUCAGCUCAAACAUGCAAAAACCAAACAUUCACAGACAACAAAGUAUUCACAACAUGUCGUGAUCUUCCACAAUUAACCUCGUAUCUCCAUUGGUCAUACGAUCAAUCCAGUGGCAAACUAGACAUAGCAUUCAUACAUGCUGGAAUCACUUCAACAAAUAGGUGGGUUGCUUGGGCUAUCAAUCCCACCAGCACUCUCGAGCCGGCCAUGGUUGGAGCUCAAGCUUUGGUUGCUAUUCCACACGCUAACGGAAGCACAACAGCUUAUACUUCAUCAAUUGCAAACACACUCACAACGUUGCAACAAGGACCAAUUAGUUAUCCUAGUUCUGGUCUUUCUGCGACAUAUCAAAAUAACGAGGUUACUAUUUUUGCUACUUUGACUCUUCCAAAUGGUACUACCUCGUUGGUUCAUGUAUGGCAAGACGGGUUUCUAUCUUCUUCUGACUCUUCUCCUCAAGAACAUAGCCAUGAAUCAUCCCACACAAACUCUAGGGAACUUUUGGAUCUUGUUUCUGGUACCUCCCAAGCUGUAAGUGGGAUCGGUUCACUUCAAAGAAGAAGAAAUACACAUGGAGUACUAAAUGCAAUAAGCUGGGGAAUCUUGAUGCCAACAGGUGCAGUAAUAGCAAGAUAUUUGAAGGUAUUCAAAUCAGCAGACCCAGCAUGGUUUUAUCUUCACAUAACAUGUCAAGUCUCAGCUUACAUAAUUGGAUUAUCUGGAUUUGGAACUGGUCUCAAACUUGGUCAUGACUCAGAGGGUAUUGAAUAUGACACACAUAGAGCAAUUGCUAUUGUUCUUGUAACGCUGGCAACUCUACAAGUAUUUGCUCUGUUUCUGAGGCCAAACAAAGACCAUAAGUUUAGACUCUACUGGAAUAUCUACCACCAUGUUAUUGGAUAUGUAACCAUAAGCCUUAGCAUUGCGAAUGUUUUUAAAGGGUUUGAAGCUUUAGGAGAUUCUGUAGGAGAUCGUUACAAGAACUGGAAACAUGCUUACAUUGGAAUAAUCGGUGCUUUGGGGGGAAUUGCUGUCUUUUUGGAGGCUUACACAUGGAUGAUAGUUUUGAAGAGGAAACAAGUUGAGAACAAAACUUCACAUGGUGUUAAUGGUGCUAAUGGAUAUCAACCAUAUGGUUCUUCUACCCUCUAGGUGUAGGAAUCAUGUGUAGAAAGAUUAUAUUGAAUUUUUUUGGUUAUUUUUUGUGUCUUUUUAUUACUUUUAGACCCCUUUGUAUAUUUUGGGUACUUCAGCUUGUUCUUAAGGUAAUUCUUUUGAGGUAAUUCUUUCACAGGAUACUUACUUUUAGGGGUGAGUUUUGGUGUGUGUUUUAUACAUUGUAUCACUUUCUAUUUCUUUAUAUUUGUAUUUAUUGUUUAAUUAUGUUUUACUCUUUCUAUGUUUGUUGGAAUUUCAAAUAUCUUUAUUACUAUAUAACGUUCUUUGGGAGCAACACCUUUCUUUAGCUU